UUUGACCUUUCUCCUGCUCUGUUUUUUCAUUGUUUUAACAGGGCAUCUGGAAAUGGGUCUUCUUCUUUCACUUUACUUCCUCUUCUUUUUCCUCUCCGUUUCGAGUGGGGAGAUCUCAAAUUUUGUGGGAGUGAACUACGGCCUGCUUGGGAACAAUCUGCCAUCACCGAAGCAAUCCGUGAAGCUAGUCCAAUCUCUGGGAGCCAAGCGUGUCAAAAUCUACGAUGCAAACCCCGACAUCCUUAAUGCUUUCAAAGACACAAACAUUCAAGUGUCGGUUAUGGUUCCAAACGAACUCAUAAUCAAUAUCUCCAACAGCCAGAAGCUAGCCGAUUCUUGGAUCGAAUCCAAUGUCGUACCUUUUUACUCCAAAACCAAAAUCCGACACCUCCUUGUCGGCAACGAGGUCAUCAGCAGUUCCCCUAAAGAAAUCUGGCCCAGAAUCGUACCCGCCAUCCGUAAAAUCAGAAGUUCGUUAAGAACCCAUAACCUCAACAAGAUCAAAGUCUCUACCUCGAUGGCAAUGGAUAUGUUGGAAUCGUCGUUUCCCCCUUCGAACGGAACUUUCCGAUCUGACAUCGCCGAUCCGAUUGUUAAACCGUUGCUACAGUUUUUGAACCGGACCAAAUCUUUCUACUUCCUUGAUGUUUACCCUUAUUUCCCUUGGGUAGCGGAUCCAAAAAGCAUUAACCUCGAUUACGCGCUCUUUGAGUCCCGAAACAUAACAUACACCGACCCAGUUUCCUCUUUAACCUACACCAAUCUGUUUGAUCAGAUGGUUGACUCUGUUGUUUUCGCAAUGAAGAUACUCGGGUACCCGGAUGUUAGGAUCUUUAUUGCGGAAACGGGUUGGCCGAAUGCCGGCGAUAUCGAUCAAAUCGGAGCCAAUAUUUACAAUGCGGCUACAUACAACCGGAACGUUGUCAAGAAACUAACUGCUAAGCCGGCGAUCGGAACGCCGGCGCGACCCGGAUGGGUUGUGCCCUCUUUCAUAUUUGCUCUGUAUAAUGAGAACCAGAAACCGGGUCCGGGAACUGAGCGGCAUUUCGGGCUGCUGUAUCCUAACGGGUCAUACGUAUACGGGAUCGAUUUGAGUGGGAAGGCUCCGGCUUCGGAUUUCGAGCCUCUGCCGAAGCCAGAUAAUAAUGAGCCGUAUAAGGGGAAGAUUUGGUGCAUGGCGGCCGGAGGAGCUAAUGCGACUGCGCUGAGCUCGGCUUUAUCGUACGCGUGUUCGCAGGGGAAUAAGACCUGUGACCCAAUUCAACCCGGAAAGCCAUGCUUCAAACCCGAUUCAUUGUUUUGGCACGCGAGCUACGCGUUCAGUUCUUAUUGGUCGCAGUUCAGGAAGGCUGGCGGGAGCUGUUACUUCAACGGCUUGGCUACUCAGACGGCUAAGGAUCCAAGUUUUGGACACUGCAAGUUCCCAAGCGUGACUCUUUGAAGAACCUUUUGUGGGAAGUGAAUGAUGGAGUGGAAGACACAAUCGCAGGUGUUCUAUGAUUAAAUCCAUUAAUAUGAACAAAUUUAAUCAUAAAACAGCAUUUUCAAAUAUAACGGGUGGGAAGAUUUAGGGUUAAAAUGACAUUGGUGUGAUAUUGCCGUCCGGUCCUCUCGUUUCGCAUUGUGAGCUUAGCUUAAUUAAUGUACUGCAUACAUUAAACAAUUAUUUAUUGA